UCAUUUAUAUAUAUAUAUUAUAGAUAGAUAGAUAUAGAUUUUCAUUUUUUGUUAUAUGGUACUCCAGCACAUAGAAAAUUUAAGGGUAAUCAUUAGAACAUUUAAGAUCUGGAAAGUAACCACAUGGAAAGAAGAAAAAAUUGAGACUGUAAGAUUCAAUUCUUAAUUCCAACUGCACAGAGCCAGUGUUCACUCACUGGGAACCUAAAACCCAUUUAUUUAGAAUAAGAUGCAUCUGACAACAGCAAACUAAAAGUAGUAAGGUUUACAGUAGAUAAAAGAACUUUAAACCAAAUAUAAUGGAACAACACUCGACAGUGAAAACAAACACAUGAAAAGCAAACACAUCAGCAUCACCUCACUAACAACAAAAAAACAAACAAACAAAAAAAAACACCUUAGGUUUUGCACAUAAGCAUAGUCAGGAAAGGGACGAAUUUAUCUAUAGAGAGCGAUUCAAGACAAAAACCUAAAUUAGGGUUCCGACAAAUCAGAUUAGGAUCAAUUGUAAUGAUUCUCUUUUGCAGACAUUCCCACUACUGCUACAGGAACAGCUGGAAUGAUGAUGGCCAUUAAAGAUUGUGGCUUGAGUGAAGGAAGAAAUCAAACUCAGUGCUAACUUACUUUAAAAGGUGGGCUGUAAAAAGAAGCAUGAAUCUUUCACAGGAACCUUUUUAGACAUAUCUGGACAAAAAAUAUAAAUAAGUAAACCAGCAUUUCCAUGCUGAUGUGAGAAAAAAAGAACUUGAAAGCUAACCCACAGUAGAGGGCAAUUAUACUUGUUUCUUUUUGCAGUAAGAGCAGCAAUGAAAUACAGGCAUGAGCUACAUUUGAAAAAUUUUGUCAAGAACCUGGGAAAAUCUUGGUUUAUGUCUAAAAAUAAAACGUUUUAGGUACUGUUUUUUUGAUUUGUUUGUUUGGGUUUUUUUUUUCAUUUUUAAAAAGUUUGAAAUACAUAAAUAUAUACGUUGCUCUAAAAACUAGAGGGUCACAGCCCUGAAAAUCUUGUAUUUGUUCCUUCUAAAGAAAGAAAGCAUUCUCCAUAGUUCUUUGUCUUCUUCAGAAUACUAGAAAAAGCUAAUAUUUGAGCCAGAUACUAGAGUCAGCCAAACUUCAUGCAGUGAGUAAACACAGUUUUGAUUAGAGACAAGAACUUCUAAAGCAGUCUUUAUUUUUUAUUUUUUUAUUUUAUUUUUUUGUUUGUUUGUUUUCCUUUGGUUUAAUAUUUAAGAGGUUCUAUCCACUCUAAGAUCAGAUUUGUCAGCUGGAUGCCUCUGAGAAAUUAAGCAUCAUUUUAGCUUCGUUAACACUCCAGCCAGCAUGCUUUACAUUUACUAUCUGAAUCAGCUGUACUGUCAUACCAAUUGUACUUCAUUUACACAACGCUGCUACACCUGCUUCAUUUUAUACUCAUUUAACACUGUAAAAUUACUCUUGGGUCAAAGCAUCUCACCAGCAGAGGAGAGAAGAAGGAUCACUUCUUUUGACCUGCUGGCCAUGCUUCUUUUGAUACAGCCCAAGAUAUGGUUGGCUUUAACUGGACUACAAGAGUACAUUACUGCCUCUUGUCCAGCUUGUUGUCUGUUAGUAUUCCCAAGUCCAUUUCAACAGGGCUGUGCUCUAUUCUUUUAUACCCCAGCUUGUACUGAUAGCAGGGAUUAUCACAACCCAGGUGCAAGACCAUGCACUUGGCUUUGUUGAACCUUGUAAGAUUCAUCUGGGGCCACUGUUUGAGUCUCUCUGAACAGCAUCCUAUUCCUCAGGUGUGUAGAUCACACCACAGAGCUUGCUGUCAUCCACAGAUUUGCUGAGCAUGGAUCCCACUGUAGUUGAUGAUGAAGAUAUGAAAUAGCACUGGUUAGACCCAUGAGUGGCAUCAGCCUUCACUCCAUCCAGGUAUUGAGCCACUGACCAACUCUCUCCAAGCACGAUUUUGCAACCAAUAGGAGCCGUGCCUCACCACUAGCUCCAUAUCAGGGAUUUAGUGUUGCCUCUCCAUUACGUGUGGUUCUAUUGGGAGUCCUUGCAUCUGCUCAGGAGUUGCCCGCCUACUGCCACCCCUUCCUUGGCCAAGUGGCUGAGAUAGAUCUCUCAGAUAGCGGCUUCUGGGCAGCGUUUUCCCAUCACUGGCGCCGCAGCUGGCUUUGAUUAGCUGGCUGGCCCCGCAGUCCUCACAAGUCUUGCUGCUGGGCGGGGCACUAAAAAGGCAUGCCUGGCUGUGGCGGGUUGGAUGUGCGGCAGCUGUCCAGCCGGCAGGGACGCGGUGGGCAUGGAGGAGGAGCGAACGCUGAAAGGGACAGAGCGUAAGAACAGCAAGGAGAGCGUAUCACUGAACACCUUUGUGAUUGAUGCUGAUCCUCUUGGUGGACACAGUACGGGGAGUAAUGCGCUAGUUACAUUCCAACUUGCAACUAUAAAAGAAGCUGGGGAUACCCUGGGAACAGAAGAUAAGGCUAGCCUUGUGAAGGAGGAAGAUGGUAGUUACUGCAUGCUGCAAGCCACUGAGUCAGCUUCUCAAGACUCAACAGCCCUUCCUCUCAACCUUGUCUCAGUGUGUGGGCAGUUGUCAAAUUUCCUCAGCAACAAAAAUUCUGUGCCUCCUCUUCCUGUGGUUAUGUUUGCACAGGCACCCACAGAUAAUUCAGGGUCAUUCAAAAAGAAUGAAGGUUAUCACUCUGAUGUGACUGAAAAUGUGGCAAAGAAAAAAAAUAAUUGCAUAAGUGGAGUAUGUGCUGAGAAGUUACCUGGUGCAAUCUCUGGAGAUUUCUGCAGGCUAGCACUGUUAGAGGAUGUAUAUGGCCCAACUAAUUGCAGGUCAGUGCUCUGUACUUCAGCCAGUAUUGGAGGUCAGCAGUCCUACACAACAACUUCAUUCCUGAAAUCUGGAAGUAGUCAUGGUGAGAACAAGCAGAAAAAAGAUUUAUGUGAGGAUCCAGAAAUUCUACUGCCAGUCAAGAAGAAGACACGCACCUUCUAUAGCGCAGAGCAACUAGAAGAGUUGGAGAAGGUGUUCCAGAAAGAUCACUACCCUGACAAUGAAAAGAGGAGGGCAAUCGCAGCUGUAGUUGGGGUGACACCACAGCGUAUCAUGGUGUGGUUUCAGAAUCGCAGGGCAAAGUGGAGAAAAACAGAGAAGUUGAAUGUCAAAGGCAGCAAAAAAUACUCAACAUCAGCAGCUCUGGCACUCCAUGCUGGGUCAGACAUUUGUGGGGCACCUCUUCUGCCAAUGCCUCCAUUGCCUGAUCAGUCUGCCAUAUUAAGUGUAGACACUACAGCUGGGAACUGCUCCAGUAGGGUCAGUGAACAUUCUUCGUUGCUUGCUUCCUCCUCAGUCUCUCCAGUGACAGGGAUGAUAGGAUCUUGUGAAGCAGUUCAGACAAAGGCGUUGCUGCAGCUUGACUUCAGUUCCAGCAGAGUGGAGUGCUUCCCAAGCCUUCCUAGUCCUCCACCCAUUCGUAGGGCCAGCCUGCCUCUCAGUCUUUCCUUCAGCCCCUACGGUCACAUUGUCCCAUUGAUGCUGGAUGCUCCCAACAGUGAAUGCGUCUUGUCCAGUCAGGAAAACAGCUCCAAGGAGGCCUUCACUUAUAGCAUCCAGGAUCAAGGCUUGUGUUCAGCAGUUUCUUCUAAGCAGCUGGACUUUAUAGGCAGUCUAGAGACGCCAUACUGGCAGUAUGGCAGCCAGGGUGGAACUUACCAGCUGUCCCAACAUCCCCAGCAGCAUCAGUGUUCCCAGUUCCACUGUCUGCCAUUUCACCGACCCAGCAAUGUCUCCAGCAUUCACCUCACUUCUACAACACCAACUGAAUCCUGUUCAGCUUUCCUUGCCUCACCUAGCAGCAGUGGAAUGGUAACCUAUGGGUCAGCAGGAGACACACAGGACUAUGUACAAAACCAUGUGGAGGAACAAUCUGUGUUACAGUGGCAGAAUCAGGUAAAUUUCUGAAAUCUUGACAUGUCACUCCUCAGGAGUGUCACCUGAAAGCCUCAGGGUGAUCAGUAGUUUUACUGGUGACUGAGAGAAAGAAGGAAUGUGCAUGUACAUGCAUAAUAUAUAUAAACCGGUUUUUCUCCUUUCCCCAUAAUCUUUUGCUCUCUUAAUAGGUCACUUACCACUUAAUUUGAAUGCAAAGUUACUUCUUAGGUUAUAUAUUAUAGAGAACGUUACUGUGUGUGUAUAUUAGGUACUACAAUGGUUUCAUCUAGAUUGGAGAGCAACUUACGUUUUUUCGAAGAAUAUUGAACAAACUAAUGUGCCUGUGGUGUAUGUAAGGUAGUGGUCAAGAAAGAAAAAUGAAGAGGUGUCACAGGAAAUUAGUGGGAGGGAACAAGAAAAAGAGGAUUCUAAAUCUACUGGGCUUCUGCAGAGAUCAUUUUGAAAGAACUUAUGUAUCUUAGGGUAGUAUAGUAGAAGACAGAAACAAAGGCCAAGAGAAUAUUGUUAUGGCUUUUUUUU